AGGUUGGCCGGCUGAUCAAUAGUACAGCUAGUUCAGGUAUUUUACUUCCCUGUGCAACGUGUGGACGUUUAAGAAACUUGAUCGUUUUGCCAUUUGACAUCAUGAAGGAGUAAAUACAUAGAUCAUCCACUUACCGUGACUGACCGAUGAGCUCAAGUCAGGAUUGGUCAGGAUUGGUCAUCUUUGUGAUAAAGAAUAGAACAUCGCUGUGUUAAACACAAGCCUGUUAUUUGCGCACCAAAUUUGUCAGCACAAGUGCGCAACGACAGCCACUCUCGUUCAAGAGUUUAGAAAAAAACUUCAACAUUUAUUUGUUGGUUAACACGUGCUUUUACUCAAGCGGAUCUAUUCGUAUUUUAAACAAACACGCACAUACGUUUUGGAUUAUUUUAUUCACUUCCAACCACUUCCCCGAAAAUGUGAUGGAUAAUUGUAUGUAUUCCGGAAUAGUUUAGCUGUUUUUGUUUGAAGUAAACUGUGGUCUGACAAAGGGAGAGAAUGAGUGACUACAGUUUCAGGGACAUCACAAUCCUCCAUGCUGACCAGGACGUGGAGUGGUGCAAGUACCUGGAGGGGAACUUCCGGCUGGACAAGCUCAAGCUCCACACACUCAACGUGGGACAGUUGUGCUACAACAACCCGCCAGAGAUCGAGGUGGCCGUGAGAGAGUCCUACGUGGUGAUGCUGCUGGUCACCAGCAACUUCCUCACCUACAUGGAGAGCAAGGUCGACUGGUUCGAGCCCAUGCUGAGGAAGCGGGACAGCGAGGUGACCACCGUCGUGGCGGCUCUCGUGGACAUCGACAACUUCCCGGAGGAGAUGGGCAAGCUGCCGUACAAGGAUGAGAGCCGGAACUCGUGGGCUGUCAUUGAGAUUGACGUUCAAGGUAGAAAUAUAAAAGAAUGUAUCACACAAAUAUUAGAAAUACUAGACAAAAAUUCCAGCAAAAGAAAUGAAAGAUCGAGGAAAGUCAGCGAACAUCGAGCUGUGGAUUUCGAGAUGAUUCCAUCAUCCAUACAAGGGCCAGGAGAGAAGGUAGCCAUCUUGUUUCACGAGGAGAUGAAGGGCACUGUGACCGUGAACAUACCUGGCGUUAAAACUGAUAUUCCUGUCAAGGUUGUCAACCCUUAUAGCGUCACCUUUAUAGUGCCAGAUGUCGUUGUUAAGGAUAAGGUUAGAGUCCAGGUCAACGUGGACGGAGUGAAAAUAAAACGUGUCACUCUCCUCAACAAGUCAAUGAUGUACCACCUGACCAGUAUUGAGUUUAUGUGCCAGAGCUACGGCGUCGCCUCCAAGGAGGAGCUAGACCGGAAGUUAGCAGACAACUUCAACAAGAGCCUGUGUAAUGAUGGUUGUGCUAAACAGGUGCUGGACGACGUCAUGGGCAAUUCUUCUACAGGCAGCAUCGACCACAACAACAAGUUCCCCACCAUCCUGCACUGGGCGGCCGCCAAUGGCCUCAGUGAGUUCUGCUCGGCCCUGCUGUCGUCUGUUGGCUCGGUGGUCGCCUGCGGGAUCGUCAACUGUGAAGGUCGUGACCCCGCCGACCUUGCCAGGAUCAACAAUCACCACGAGCUCUACAGUCUGCUUGUUGAUUUCGCUAGAGAAAGUGAAUUUUUUAAGGAAACAAAAGAGAUGGCUGAUACAUGUGAUUUAUACGUCAAGUAUUGCUCGCAAGCCACAGGACAGAAAAGACAAAAUAGCCAGGAUGACAAUUACGUGUUUCCAAGUGAGUCUAAUUAA